AUGUCGCAGUUCUUUUUGAACCAUGAAAGCUCUGACGAAGAGUGUGCAAUGUCACCGAAGAAAACAUUGUGUCUGAAAGUGGAUGCUUGUGUGCCACCUGUCGCUACCUCUGUUCCUGGAGCAUCUGUCACCCCCUCUGUUCCUGAGCCCAAAGAUGUGAUUGUCACUCCAGAGCCCAGAGGACAUGGUGCACAUGCUGGUAGCAGUGGUGACAAGCCAGAAGCCCCACAGAAGAGGAGAGCAGACAAUCAAGAUGUUUGUCUCGAGCUCUUCCCUGCAGGUGGUAGCCCAGAUGCUAAGAAGCCUGCUGGAGAUGCAGAGGCACCAAAAGACAUGAAGAAGCCAGCAGCUGUGCCCAAGUCCAAAGUGAGGGCAGGCAAAAAGAUCAAGCUCCCUCCUGAUGAAGAUAAGCAAUCUAAGCCUCGUGGUGCAGACAAGGGCCAACGAGCUACACGGGGUGAUGCUUUGACAUUUGCUGGGCAUCGACCGCCAGCUGAUCCUGAUCUCAGGGAACAGUUCUUGUGUAUUCGCAAAGAGUACAUGGAUCAGAAGGCUGCUUACAAGGCAGACAAGAAGGGCAAGAAAAAGUCAGAUUCAGUGAGAAAUUGGACGCCUCAUGCCACACAGUUGGAGUACCUGCAGUUUAUGAAGAUUCAGAUGGCCAAGCUCAAGGAGACAGCUGCCACUACGCAAGAGAAGUUCACAAGUGCAUCUGAGGCAUGGAAGGAUCACUGCAUUGAGAAGGGCUACUUGAAGUCAGUGCCUGUCGAUGACAAUGCUGGUGAACUUGCUCCUGACAUCAAUUUGGAUGAUGAUGAUGGAGCUGAGAUGAAAGAGGCUGAGAGAUCAGUGGCUGAGGAGAUGAAUUGUGCUGAGAUGAGCGAGGAGCACUUAGACGGCAGCACCUGA